AUGACGGGAUACACUCGUAAACGUUUGCUCUACGCAUUUGUUACAUUCUUGGCUGUGAGCGUGGUAUGCGCAGAUUUUCCGAAGCUAAGAGACUUUGGUCCAAACUCAGUGGUAGACAAGUCAGGCACCACUAGCAAAUAUAUUUCUUUAGCUGAAGCCAUAAAGCCCAUCACCGACACAAGUUUAAUCGAAAAUGUGUAUUCCACGCACGUUGAAACGUCAACUGUUACCGUCACGUAUGUAGUAGGUGAAGAAUGUGCCAUUGACAAUAUUCAAUGCAGUACAGUUGAAAUUUAUUGGAGUGGAGAUUUGAUGCACAACGAUACCGCGGCACAGCGCAUCGUUGCUGACCUCACCGAAAAAGCCUGUAGCAACGGACCAUGUCACCCUGACAGUAUCUCGCUCGUCGACAUAUACCUUUCACCUGAUAACGGCGUGUCCCUACAUCUAACGUCGACGACUACGUUAGUUCUCACAGUAUGCGAUACUGUAUGUCUGCAAGGGUUUGAAAGCGCAUUAUUACAAGCUAUAUCACCGAUUGGAUCGGACGAGAGUUUGAAGAAAGGGAUAGUUGGCACAUCACUAUUCAAUGUAGGCAGAGUAUGGGCAGGAGCUCCUUGCAGCGUGGGUAACACCAUCCCAGGUUGUAUUAAUUACGCUUGCUUUGGUGACACGUCUGUCUGUUUGCAAUGCGAUGCGAAUAUGGUCCCUAAUUCCAAUGGUACAAGUUGUGAGCAUGUGGUUGGAGGUUGCCCCGAGUCUAUAGGGUGCCAGCUGUAUAACUUGAUAAAUUUCUGCGGGCCAUCUUCUAUUUACAAUGGACUAGUGGAUUACACGUCGCCAGUUGUGGCCGUUUGUCCCCUCGCGCAGUGUUGCUUUCCAGAGACUUCAAAACCAUCACUGGUAGGUUUUACAGCAUGCGAUAACCCGUGUCCUGAUGAACCAGAGCCACAAGCUAUUGAAAACUGCUUUCAAACACGCAUGGAGGGCGACAUGAUACUAUGUGUGCAAUGUGAUCCUGACUACAUUCCUAGUGUACUCGGCACUACUUGCGACUUAUAUAUUGGAGGAUGUCGCAGUGGGGCAGGAUGUAACUACACAUUGGGGAGUUUUUGCGGACCGUCAGGGAUUUAUCUAGGCGAUGAGAACGGCUACAACACAACGAUCGUACCUGUAUGCCCGAUAGAGCACUGUUGUCAACCACAAACAAGCGCAAUCGGUGUCAACUUUACGGUUUGUGACCAGAGUUGUGUCGUGGAGACUGAAGAAGAAAAAGCACUGCCUCCAAAUAAUUGUCUGGUAUUCGGACAAUCACAAGGCCUGUCCGUAUGUUUGCAAUGUGAUGCAAAUAUGGUGCCCAAUUCAUCUGGCCGUAAAUGUGUCGAACAAGUCGGUGGAUGUGCAUAUGCAGCUGGAUGUAACAAUACAGACACCCAUUGCACCCCUGGAGAUUUGCUUGAGGGAGGUCUCGGUUUCAGUACACCCAUAGUUGCCACAUGCCCUGUAGAAAGCUGCUGUCAUGAUACGCUAUCGUCGAUUGGGGGUUUCACCGACUGUUCUGAGCCAUGUCCGGAAGAUGAUCCUACAAUUGGUGUGUCCAUAUAUGCGCAUUUGUAUUAG